CCGCUGCUGCUGCUUGCGGCGGCGGCGGCCGCGGUUUCCUCCGCCGAGCCGGCGUCCACGCUGUCCGGGCCGGCGCGCCCGGUGACGGUGCCGCUCGGGGACAGGGGCCACACGGUGGACCUGCCGGACACGGACCCGCGGGUGCGGCGCCGCGUCACGGGCUGGGCGCCCGAGCAGGUCGCCGUCGCGCUCUCCGCCGAGCCCACCUCCGCCUGGAUCUCCUGGAUCACAGGGGCCUUCCAGAUGGGCGGCGGCGGCGGCGGCGUUAAGCCGCUGGACCCCAGCGCCGUCGGCAGCGUCGUGCGCUACGGUCUCGCCGCGGACUUCCUCCCCCACGAGGCCGCCGCCGGCGAGUCACUCGUGUACAGCCAGCUCUACCCCUUCGAGGGCCUCCGGAACUACACCUCCGGCAUCAUCCACCACGUCCGCCUCCGGGGGCUGGAGCCCGGGACCAGGUACUACUACCAGUGCGGCGACCCGGCCAUCCCCGGCGCCAUGAGCGACGUCCGGGCGUUCCGGACGAUGCCGGCCGUCGGUCCCAGGAGCUACCCGGGGAGGAUCGCCGUGGUCGGGGACCUUGGCCUCACCUACAACACCACGUUUGCGUCUUACAGCUCCAGGUUCGCGUUCCCGUCAGAGGAGAGCGGAUCCUUGUCCCCGUUCUACUACUCGUUCGACGCCGGUGGCAUCCACUUCGUGAUGCUCGCGGCGUACGUCGACUACAAGAAAUCAGGUGAGCAAUACCGGUGGCUGGAGAAAUACUUGGAGAAGGUGGACAGGUCAGUGACCCCGUGGCUGAUAGCCGGGUGGCACGCGCCCUGGUACACCACCUACGAGGCCCACUACAGGGAGGCCGAGUGCAUGAGGGUGGAGAUGGAGGAGCUCCUCUACUCGUACGCCGUCGACGUCGUCUUCACCGGCCACGUCCACGCGUACGAGCGAUCCAACCGGGUGUUCAACUACACGCUGGACCCGUGCGGCCCCGUGCACAUCUCCGUGGGCGACGGCGGCAACCGGGAGAAGAUGGCCACGAGCCACGCCGACGAGCCCGGCCACUGCCCGGACCCGGCGUCCACGCCGGACCCCUUCAUGGGCGGCGGCCUCUGCGCCUCCAACUUCACGUCGGGCCCCGCCGCCGGCAGCUUCUGCUGGGACCGCCAGCCGGAGUACAGCGCCUACAGGGAGAGCAGCUUCGGGCACGGCAUCCUGGAGGUGGCCAACGAGACGCACGCGCUCUGGCGGUGGCACCGCAACUAUAGCUGGCCAACUGGGCCGAGCCCGUUGGGCCGGCACGGGCCCGGCCCAAGAAAGCACGGCACUGUCCCGGUCCGGCCCGGGAGCAGGCGGGCUAGUGCCGGGCCCGUGCCAGGCGCCGGGCCGUGCCUGGGCCGCGAUCAAGGCCCACGGCACUAG